AUGUCGGAUUCACAAGUAUAUGAAGUUGAUACCUCCAAGCAUCCCUCGGGACUUGUUCCAACCCUCCAGAACGUGGUUUCAACUGUGAACCUAGACUGCAGAUUGGACCUGAAAUCGAUUGCGCUGCAAGCAAGAAACGCAGAAUACAAUCCCAAGCGUUUUUCUGCAGUGAUCAUGAGGAUAAGAGAGCCGAAAACCACAGCCCUAAUCUUCGCCUCCGGGAAGAUAGUUUGCACCGGAGCCAAGAACGAGCAGCAGUCGAGAUUGGCAGCCCGCAGGUAUGCGCGGAUUGUGCAAAAGCUUGGAUAUCCGGAGGUCCAGUUCAAGGAUUUCAAGGUUCAGAAUGUUGUCGGUUCUUGCGAUGUCAAGUUCACCGUCCGGCUCGAAGGACUCGCUCAUUCACACGGAAACUUCUGCACUUAUGAACCAGAGCUGUUUCCGGGAUUGAUUUAUCGAAUGAAAGAGCCCAAGGUUGUGUUGCUGGUAUUUGUUUCUGGGAAAAUUGUCCUCACUGGAGCAAAGAAUAGGGAGGAAAUAGACAAUGCAUUUGAGAAUAUUUACCCUGUUCUGACUGAGUUCCGGAAGAGGAAUCUCAAUUAUGAUGGAAACGAAGAGGUUUUGGCCCAGUUUUCCAUGAUGAGGUAA